UACCGACCGAUUGUUCGUGUAGAACGGCAACACUAAUUUACAGAUAGUGAAAAAAUUAAUUAACUAACUUUUUAAGCAAAUAGGUCAAACCUGAAUUAAAUUAUGGCUACUAAGACGAGUACAAUUGAGCGUAACGCCAACGGAUCAGCCAAGUCAUCGACUCUACGGGAAAUAUGCGCGCGCGCGAUCACAAAAUCAGAGUGGGAGGACAAGGAGGAGUUCCUAGACGUUAUUUACUGGUCGCGACAGGUAUUCGGCAUCAUCCUCGGAGUUAUCUGGGGAAUAGUGCCACUAAAAGGAUUCCUAGGUCUUGUACUCUUCGCCGGUAUCAGCUGCGGCAUUGUCUACCUGUAUGCCAUUAACUUCCAGAACGUGGACGAGGAUGCUUAUGGCGGUGUUUGGGAGCUGGUGAAGGAAGGCUUUAUGACGUCGUUUGCCGGAUUCCUGGUGACGUGGAUUAUCUUCUACACGGGCCUGCACUACGACUCCAUAAUGGCAGCGAAAGGGUCAUAAUAUUCGCUCAUCCCGUACGAAGCUGCAUCCAAGCAAUAAUAGAUUCAAGUUCCAGAUCCCAACAUGUUUCCAUAGAUCCCAUUGCCAAGCCAAAUAAGAUAGCAGCUUCUGUUUUGUCCUUUUAAACUCGGUGUAGAUUGUUAAACUUUUAGCUAAUUACGGUCAUACGAUGCAUUUGUCCUGUACUGUACCAUCGGCACCGCAGAGAUCUUUCCGUGAAAGAUCCCAGUUAGCGGCUAGUUGAGAACAAAAGAUACUAAAUAUAUUUGUGUAUGUCUAGACUAGAGUACAGAAUACGAUGAAGUAA